UGCCUCAGUUAGGAAAUGUGCUCUCAUGGAAUCAUGACGACUUCGGGAAAAGAGAAUUUCCGGCUGAAGAGCUACAAGAACAAAUCUCUGAACCCUGACGAGAUGCGUCGCAGGCGGGAGGAAGAGGGUCUUCAACUACGGAAGCAAAAGAGAGAGGAGCAGUUGUUUAAACGCCGAAAUGUUGCAACAGCUGAGGAAGAAGCAGAGGAGGAAGUGAUGUCAGAUGGGGGCUUCCAUGAGGCUCAGAUGAACAACAUGGAAAUGACUUCUAGUGCAGUCAUCACUGCUGAUAUGAUUGAGAUGAUUUUCUCCAAUAGUCCAGAACAGCAGCUCUCAGCCACCCAGAAGUUCCGAAAGCUGCUUUCUAAAGAACCAAAUCCUCCAAUAGAUGAAGUCAUAAGCACACAAGGAGUGGUGGCCAGGUUUGUGGAGUUCCUGAAGCGAAAAGAAAACUGUACAUUACAGUUUGAAGCUGCGUGGGUGCUGACAAAUAUUGCCUCGGGAAAUUCCCUUCAGACUCGAAUAGUGAUCCAAGCUGGAGCUGUCCCCAUCUUCAUAGAGCUGCUUAGUUCAGAGUUUGAAGAUGUUCAGGAACAGGCAGUAUGGGCUCUUGGCAACAUCGCUGGAGACAGCACGAUGUGCAGAGAUUAUGUUUUGGACUGUAAUAUCUUGCCCCCUUUAUUGCAAUUGCUUUCAAAACAGAAUCGUCUCACUAUGACCCGAAAUGCUGUAUGGGCUCUGUCCAACCUCUGCAGAGGGAAAAAUCCUCCUCCUGAUUUUGCUAAGGUUUCACCUUGUCUUAGUGUGCUUUCCUGGCUGCUCUUUGUCAAUGAUACAGAUGUCUUAGCUGAUGCCUGCUGGGCUUUGUCCUAUUUGUCUGAUGGCCCCAAUGAUAAAAUCCAGGCUGUGAUUGAUGCAGGAGUCUGCAGAAGACUUGUGGAACUGCUGAUGCACAAUGACUACAAAGUUGUAUCUCCUGCAUUACGAGCUGUGGGAAACAUCGUUACAGGAGAUGAUAUCCAGACCCAGGUAAUUCUGAAUUGCUCAGCCCUGCAGAGUUUGCUGCACUUGCUAAGCAGCCCAAAAGAAUCUAUCAAAAAGGAAGCAUGCUGGACAAUAUCUAAUAUAACAGCUGGAAACAAAGCCCAGAUCCAGACAGUCAUAGAUGCCCAUAUCUUCCCAGCUCUUAUAAAUAUUUUGCAAACGGCUGAGUUUCGGACGAGGAAGGAAGCUGCUUGGGCAAUCACAAAUGCGACAUCGGGAGGCUCUGCUGAGCAGAUCAAAUAUUUAGUAGAACUGGGAUGCAUCAAACCACUCUGCGACCUCCUUACAGUAAUGGACUCCAAGAUUGUGCAAGUAGCACUGAAUGGGCUGGAGAACAUCCUGAGGCUUGGAGAGCAGGAAUCCAAACGCAGCGAUACUGGCAUUAAUCCUUACUGCGCUCUUAUUGAAGAAGCGUAUGGCCUGGACAAGAUCGAAUUCCUGCAGAGCCAUGAGAAUCAAGAGAUUUAUCAGAAGGCCUUUGAUCUGAUUGAGCACUACUUUGGAACAGAGGAUGAAGACAGCAGCAUUGCCCCACAAGUGGAUAUCAAUCAGCAACAGUACAUCUUCCAGCAGUGUGAGGCUCCCAUGGAAGGCUUCCAGCUUUGAGGUGCCCCUGUGCUGUGUGCUCCUCUACCUAGCCAAUCCUGUUGUCGAGCCACAAGCCACCCGUGGAGUGAU